AUGAGUGAUUUGUUCGGCAAGCAACUUCGAAAACAAACUGCCCGUGCAAAAGAGAAGCUGCUGGAAGGAUUGGGAAAAGCCAAAGCAACACAAGAUGAUGUAUUUGAUCAGCAUGCCGCAAAUUUGGGAAAACAAAGUAAGGCAUGUGAUAGGUUAUAUCGAGAUUUGAAGUCAUAUGGUUCAGCACUACGAACAAUGGUUCAAGCACAAAAAGCAUUUCGAGAAACAAUACGGGAACUUUAUGAAUCUGAUUGGCCGGAUCGUGAACAUUUGUAUGCGAUUACCCAUUCACUGGAUUUACAAUGGGAGGAAUUUGAAAAAACUAUCAAUGAACAAGUGAUGGGUUCGGUGAGUGCAUAUAUGGGACAAUUUUCCGAUUUAAAAGCUAAGGUUGCAAAGCGAGGAAGAAAACUUGUUGAUUUUGAUAGUGCACGAAAUAAUUAUGCAACUGUGAGAGCUAGUUCCAAAAAGGGUGAUGAAGAUCCAAGAGUGGUAAAAGCAUUGGCAGAUUUGCAGCAAGCUGAAAAUAUGUAUAGAGAUCUGAAUAAAGAGCUUGUUGAUGCAUUACCUGCAACAUAUGAUAGUCGAAUAACAUUCUUCGUUGAUACGCUUCAGACUAUCUUUAAUGCAGAAAGUGUCAAUCAUGCUGAAUGUGGUAAAGUACGUUACUUAUAA